CGGUGAAGCAUCUGCCCGCCGGCUGCUGCCUUCCCCGGGGAGCUGAAGAUCUUUCGUUCCUCUUGCCGCUUCUGAAGAGGAGACAAGACGCUGGGACGCCAAACAACACGCAAAAGAAGUGACACGGCUGCCUCUGAGUGACAAGGAAAUCUCUUAACAAUGAAAAAGUUCACACUGUUUGAUUUUGUAAAUGAUAAUUCGCUACAAAUUGGAGAGACUUCAUGGAUACAGGAUCUUCCCAAUGAUGACAGUGAACUAGAAGGACUCCUAAAACCAAAUGAGCAGGUGCUAGUUAACUGGCCUGUGGGUGAAAGAAAGACAGAGAAGCAUUUAGUAAAAGUAGUAUACAUGAGUGAUGACCCUCAAGAGCUAGUUGAGAUGAUGCAAAAGAUAUUGCAGGCAGAUGAAAUUACAAAAAUACAAGUUGUUGGAAAGGGCAAGAGGAAGAGGAUUGAGAUGAUAUUCUCAGAGAGUGAAGAUAGCGACUUGGACAAAGAGCAGGGGGAAAUGAUGAAGCGUAUAAAAAGAAAGAAAUCAUUACAGGCCUCUGCCUCUGCCAGCAUCCUGAGUCAGCUUGAAACAUCUUUCAUUAACAAACAGAGAGAACCAUAUUCUGGAAAUGCCUUUCUGUACAGUGAGAGCAGCAGUGAUGAUGAAGAACCCUUGUUUCAGCUAUCCAAAGUGGAACUAUGUGCCAAAAUAAAAAGUCUGAAAAGGAGACUGACAGACACCAUGAGAGAAAACUGUCGCCUACGGCAAUCACUGGUCAUGCUUCAAGUGUUNCCACAGGCAGUCACCCAUUUUGAGGAACUGGUAGGCAUGGCUGAGGCCCUGCUCAAAGGGGGAGUAACCACAUCUGCAUCCAGUAUUCAUUCACACACUGUCUGGAAAGCAUCAAACAGUUCCUUAUCAGAUUCAUAUGCAACUAUCCACAGUAACUCCAAUUCACCGAUAGCAUUAAACGUGGAGGAAGAGGAGCAACAGACUGAGAAACAGUUCAAGAUUGAAAAAUGGCAGAUUGCCCUUUGUAACAAGAGCAAGCCUCAAAAGUUUAUAAAUGAUUUGAUGCAAGCCCUUUAUACACACGAAUACAUGGCCACCCAUAGUCUGACAGGUGCAAAAUCCUCCUCUUCUAAGGAUAAAGCAGCAAAACCAGCAAUGAAUCAGAAUGAAGUUCAGGAAAUCAUAGGAAUCACAAAACAGUUAUUUCCAAAUACAGAUGAUGCUUUAAUUAGGAGAAUGAUGGGUCAAAAGCUAAACAAUUGUACCAAGAAGCCAAUUUUAAGCAAAGAUCUUAAUUUUCAGAAGCAUAGCUUUUGGGACAAGAAACAGGAUUAUGGGAGGUGCACUCCUGCUUCUCUCGACAUGGAGGGCAGUUCUUUCCAUGAAAGGACAGUGGAGGACAAAGGUGCCAACUGCUGCUUCUCCAGUUUCUGACAUGGCUCCUCUUGCUGGCUUGGCGAUACAGUAGAACCAAGACUGACAGGAAGUACAUUUCUGCUGUGGGUGUUGUAGCCCAUCAGCAAACAUUGUACUUGCCUUUGAGAACUGACCAUGCCUUUUAGCAUGAGGUGUUCGACUGUGGCCAAAGAGAAGCAACUGGCAGACCAUCUUGAUUUUGUGAAGUUUAGAUUGGUUUAAGGGGACAUAAAUAUAAGUAAUAGGAUAAAGUUAAGACAGAAUAUUUAGGGUGAAUAUCUCAAAAAAUAUUUCCUGAUGGUAAGAUGUAUUAGGCUGUGAUAUCAGGUAUCUCAAAGGAAAUGCUGAAAAUCCAAUUUAUAUGACAGUGCACUAAUAAAUGCACUGUACAGCAGGUUCUUGUAUAUGCAGGAAAAGUCCUAUUAGAAUGUAUAAUUGUUCUAAUAGGUCUUUUUCAUCUUUAACAUCUAUGAUUUUCCUUGGAGAUAGGUUUAAGAUGAAAGCAUAUACAAUAAUAUGCCAGAAGACUCUCACUCAUGGUGUUAGCCAUCAUAAAUCAACUGUAAGUGAAAGGAUAUUUUGAUACUGUGUAUAUAUUGUACAUGAACCUGUAUCUAGUGCAUAAUUAAUGUAUAUUGUUAAUCAUAUUUUUGAAGCAACUUUCUAUAAAAUAAAAACAAU